GCUCCAACUGAACCGCGCGCACGAGAGAGAGAGAUGCUUCAGCUUCCCUCCCGCUUGAUGAAGUCUCUUUCUCUCUCUACCGCUCCAACCACCGCCACGCUUCAAGAACUCGCUUUAGCUCACUCUCCAGGUAUUGCGAAGGUCGUGCUUAAAAAGGGGAAGACCCAAUUGUUCAAGGAUGGCAGUCCUAUGGUUUACAGUGGCGCUGUCGACCGGAUAGUUGGUCGGCCGCCGCCGAGAACUGGGGAUGUCGUGAUUGUGGCUGAUGGAACAGAGAAACCAAUUGGGUGGGGCUUGUACAAUUCGGUUUCCAUGUUCUGCGUGAGGCUGAUGCAUCUAGAAGAGGAAGCAACUGGGAAUCCUUCAUGUGCAUUGAACGUGGAGAAGUUGCUCGAGAAAAGAAUCGAGGCAGCCAUAGAGCUGCGCAAGAGUUUGGGGUUGCCUUCCGUCAGUACAAAUGCAUAUCGUCUGAUCAACAGUGAAGGGGAUAGGUUGUCGGGUUUGAUCGUUGAUGUCUUUGGAGAUUUAGCCGUGGUAGCAUCAUCUGCUGCUUGGGUUGAGAAGUACAAGACAGAAAUAGUGGCUUGCAUUUGUAAAAUUGGUGGUAUAAAUCACUUAAGCUGGAGGCCAUCCGUUGAAAUGUUAAAAGAGGAAGGACUGGAUGUAUCCAAAUUGCAGGAGAUGCAGCCUUCUACUUGUCCUAAAAGAACCAAGGUUCUUGAGAAUGGGAUUGCUUAUGUCCUCUCACUCGAUGGCCAAAAGACAGGAUUUUAUGCUGAUCAACGUGAAAACCGUCAGUUUAUAUCCACAGUAUGUGAUGGUCGGAGAGUUCUUGACCUAUGCUGCUACAGUGGUGGGUUUUCCCUUAAUGCAGUCAGGGGAGGUGCCGUUGACGUUUUGGGUAUUGAUACGUCAUUGCCUGCUUUGGAGCUUGCUCGAGAAAAUAUUGCUCUUAAUAGAUUGGAUCCAGCCAGGAUAUCUUUUUUAAAAGAAGACGCAACUGUAUUCAUGAAGAGUGCUUUAUUAAGAAAUGAGUCAUGGGAUAUAGUCAUACUUGACCCUCCAAAGUUAGCUCCAAAGAAGAAGGCUCUAAAAAGUGCAUCGGGCAUGUAUAGAAAUUUGAACUCACUGGCAAUGAGAUUGACAAAGAAAGGUGGACUACUUAUGACUUGUUCAUGUUCGGGAGCUAUGACACAGAGUGGGAUGUUCAUAAAGACACUUCAGGGCGCAGCAUCAGCAGCUGGGAGAAGAGCCACAAUUCUGAGACAGAGCGGAGCAGCAUGUGAUCACCCUAUUGACCCGUCCUACCCUGAAGGCGAAUACCUUUCCAAUAUUUUAGUAAGAGUACUCUGAAAAAUCGUAAAUGGUAUUAGCACAUUGUAUUAGAUGUCUCGCGCAAUUUAUCCCCACUCAUCUUGCUGAAAAGUUUUGGACUUACUGGCACUUCCCCAUUCACCAAUCCAGCCCCACACUUAAAAGAUGGCUAAGGCACUCUUAUGGUGCAGGGCUUUCUUCCUGCUUGAGUACACAGCAUAUUAUUCCCUUUAGCUUCUAUAUUUAGCUAGGCCUUGCUCAAGAAAAAGCUCUGGCAAGAAAUGACGAUGUUCGACAAUCAAAGCCAUAGCUCUAAGGUUAAACAAUCUCCUGAGCAGAGAGAUUCGAUGGCAAUUGAGAUUCUUUUGCCCCCCGUAGUGGUCCGAACUGGUUGGCUACCACAAGCUUCUUUCUGCCAUUGAAGUUGUUACAUGUGCCGUGUCAACUGCUGUUACUGUUUCAACAGAAGAAAAUGGUUGUCCCCGGGAUUAGAAUGGAGUGCGCCCUCUAGGAGGAUAUGGAAUUCGAGUCCUAGGACACCAUGGAUUUGAUAUUUUUCUAAUGUGUGAAGAUGUAUCUGUAUCAAGAAAAAUAAGGCAGGACAAAAGCUUGCUAAAAUGUGCUAUUUCAGUGAUGAUUGAGAGAUUUUGUCUUUCUU